AUGAAUGGUAACUCAAUUGAUGUACCUUUUGGUGCUGGUGAUGUGGACAUAUCAAAUUAUGAGUCUGACAAUAGUGGUCAACAUCUAUUUAUUAGUGAUGAAUCAGAUUCAAAUCAUGAAACUGAUUAUUUGGGAAAAAGCAUUAGGGGAAAAAUUUAUAAGGAAGAAGGUUUUAAGUUUGUAAGGGACAAAAAUGAUAAGAAGAAGAUUCGUGCCCAUUGUGGAAGUUUGGCUUGUUCAUGGAGAAUCCAUGCAUCUGUCUUACCAGAUGGAGUCACUUAUAUGAUCAAGAAUAUUGGUACAGAUCACACUUCUGUUAGAGGAAGGAAGAAUGUGGAAGCCAAUUCUACUUGGAUUGCUCAAAAACUUAGAUCAAGAUUUAGAGCAGAUCCUCAAAUAAAAUUGGAGGUUUUGCAUGCUAAGGUUCUUGAGAAAUAUGGGGUUGAUGUAAGUAGAAUGAGUUUGUAUAGGACUAAAAGAAAGGCCUUGGAGGUGAAUGCAGGGUCACAUUUAGAAUCUUAUGGAAAAUUGUGGAAGUAUGGAGCUGAAAUUAAGAAGACUAAUCCUAGUAGUUUAGCAAAGGUGGAGUUGUACGAAAUUAAUAAUCUGAAUCCUAAUCUAUCUUUUAAAAGGUUCUUUAUUUCAUUUGCAGCCAAUCACGUUGGCUUUAAAGAUGGUUGUAGGCCAUUUAUUGGCUUAGAUGGACGUCAUUUAAAGGGUCCAUUUGGUUGUGUCCUUUUAUCUGCUGCUGCAUUGGAUGGGAACUAUGGUUUGUUCUCAAUUGCAUAUGAUGUUGUGGAGGCUGAAAAUAAAGAUAUCUCAAGUACGAUGUCGGGUCCCAAGGCGGCUGUCUCGCCCACCUCAGUCCAACAAAUAGGAGACCCACAAGGUCCGUCAUACAACGCUUCAAAUGGAGCCAUCUGA